CUUUUAAAUUUUUCUCAAUCAUGAGAGAUGAAAUUGCAACAACAGUUUUCUUCCUCACAAAACUGGUGAAAAAACAUGAUAAAUUGAGUAAGCAACAAAUAGAAGAUUUUUCAGAAAAGCUGACUACCAUCCUGGUUGAAACAUACAGAAGUCACUGGCAUGCUGAUUGCCCUUCUAAAGGGCAAGGUUUCAGGUGUAUCAGGAUAAACAAUAAUCAGAAGAAAGACCCCAUUUUAGAAAGGGCUUGUGCUGAGAGCAACGUAGACUUUUCUCACCUGGGCCUUCCAAAGGAGAUGACCAUAUGGGUAGAUCCCUUCGAAGUGUGCUGUAGGUAUGGUAAGAAAAGCCAUCCAUUUACUAUUGCUUCUUUUAAAGACAGAUGGGAGGAAUGGGAGGUCUCUCAACAGAUCACUUCUGCUGUGAAUAGAGCUACUUUCGACUACUCCUCCAGCACUUCCUCUGAUGAAGAAGGUUCUAGCAGGGAACCUCAGAUCAUUCCUAAAGUCAGCAAUCCAAAGAGUAUCUAUCAGGUUGAAAACUUUCCAUCUUGGUUCCAGAUGUCCCACAAAAAAAAUGUGGCAGACAGCCAUGUGGGCCUGCUGGGAAGUACGUAUCACACUACACAGAAGAACCCCAAGUACUACAGGUCUGCUACCAUGCACCGGGUGGACAGGUACCACUGGAUCCACUCGCACCGCUAAGGCAGCUGCUAGGCAGGUGGUGGGAGAGUGCUGGAGGAGUUGCUUUAUUUUCCCAAAAUAAAAAUGAGUCUGAAAUGGAGAGGCCCAUUGAAACAGGAAAAAAAAAUCAGGUUCAGGACUGAGGUAUAUGGUUAUGAAUCCUCUCAGAUGAUGAUUCUGUUCUUAGCUGUACUUUUAAUCCUUAAUUGUAUGUAUGACAUUUUAUGUAAUUCUUAACUAGUAAUAGAAUGAAAAU